AUAAAAUAUUGACUUCAGAAUAAUCACUGUCAUGUCCAUGCCUAGUUUCGUUCAAUGAGUAAAUAAAGGAAUAAGCUUUGAAAAUUGUAGAAAUUUUUGAUAAAUCUACAUAUACUUGUGUUAUAAUAAUAGAAAGUCAUAAAUUGUCGACAAUGCAGUCCAAUACGGUUUUGAAAAAUAUGAAAAUGCUGAGUACAUCUCAAAUAGAACGAGCAGAAUUUGAUGAUCGAAUCCUAAGUAUCUUAGAUAUGAUGACAAGCGUCGAUAUUGAGGAUAAGAUGGUUGUGGAAUGCAUUGGAGAGCUUUUAAAUAUUGAAUUUCCUAAAAGCAAUGCUGAAAAUGAUCCACGUAUAAAAAAAUUUCUAAGCUGGUUGUGCCAAAUAUUAUGGAAAAAUGAAUUUGCUGAAGUACUUGCCAUCAGAGUAAUUUCAAAGCUUAUCAAAUACAAUUCCAAAUAUUAUAUUUGGACUUUGGAUAAUGUAUUUUGCUCACAAUCUCCUAUUUAUGAACGGAUUCUAGAAGAUAAAACUGAUGUAUAUCUGCUAUCUAUAUUAGAGUGCAUAGAUCUUAUAUUUGAUGAUUUAAAGAUGGACGCUAUGACUGAUGAACAAAAACAGUCUAUUAGAUCUGUAUUCACUCUUUUAAUUCGUAUGCAGUAUUCAUCAAAUUUAAAUUCGCUGGAAAACCCAAAAAUAAUACUUUAUUCUUUAAUUUUGCUGAAUAAAUAUAUAUCAACAUGUAAAAAGGAUAUAGAAAAUCAUAUAUCCGAACUAAUGGGAAUAUCUUUAGGAUUCAUGCAAUUUGGUCUCAAUACAAAAGAUAUAUCGGUCGUUUGUCCAAAAUUAAUUACGCCGUCCUAUUACGUUAAUAACUUGUCAGAUGAACAUGAAACUGAUGAGCCUAACAUUCAUCAAAAAGUUGGAGGCAAACUAGCAAAACAAAAACGACAUCGAGGACUAAAAACCAAGGAUAUUGUUAAUACGGUAUUUGAGACUACGAACAAUAAGCUCGGAGAACUUGAUUUGGAAAUGACAAAUAUAAACAAUAUGGAAAAAACACAAUACGAGGCAUUUAAAAAUGAAAUUAGUUCAAAAAUUCGUUUAGCCUCUAUAACACUUUUUGGCGAAAUAACACUAUCUGUUAAAAGGUGUAUCCUUUAUACAUAUUGGCAAUCAAUAUUUCCAUAUGACGGUGUAGACAAUGUAUAUAUUCGUGGAGAUAUUCUCUUUGUUUGCCAAAACGAUGACAGUUCUAAGUGUCGUAGUGCAAUUCUAAAUGUUUGUUCUGAUGUUCUUUUGAAACUGAAGUCUCUAUAUAGCCAAGCGGAGUUUAAAGAUAGGUCGGCAGCAUUCUUACCUUUUUCGCAUAUGCUCGGUUUAUCAAUUAUAACAACAUAUAAAUCGUUAUUAGAAAUUAUAGACAACGAAAAGUCAUUACCUGUUCUAAUACAAGCUUUAAAAUGCUUAGCAGCGUUAGCAGAGGUAACACCCUUCGCUAAACUUGAAAGUGAUAUAGUGUUCAAAUUCCUUAAUACUGUUAAAAACCUCGUUAACCACAGCGAUUUCACAAUUCAAAUUUCUGCAAUAUCAGUGUUGGAAGUUUUGUUAAUGGAUACGGAAAUGCCUUCUGAAAUUGCUGAAGCCUUGGGUACAUCUAAUGAAUGUAUCAAAAGAUCAGCAACAAAUGAAAACAUUGUCAAUAUUGGUUCCGCUAAAAAAUUCAAUAUGGAAUUUUUAUUUAACAGAGCAAAAAAUGUAUCUUACAAAUAUAAUUUUGAAUCAUCAUGGUUAAUUUUAAAAAUUAUUUCCAAUUUAGAAAAUAACCCUAUUCAAGACAGUUCGCUAUGUAGAAAAAUAAAAACCCCUUGCUCUUUACGAAUUAAAAGCCUUCAUAUACUGACAGCAAUGGCUAUUCAUUUCGAGUUAUUUUUAAAAGAUAAUUUGGAAAAAAUAACGGCUGUCAUGGAGGAUACUAUACAUGAUGGACAGGUAGAAGUUCGUUUAUGUGGAUCAAAAUUUUUGGACGCUUGUGUUUAUCAAAUGAAUUUGUUUUUACAAAAUAAUUGUAACAACGAUAAUAUAUGCUCUUUUAAGUGCUUCUGGAUUCGCAUAUUAUCGAUCAUUACAAAUCAAAUGAGUAGAGAAAAGGAAUCCACUGCAGUAAAGAUUGCCUUAUGCGACGCAAUAUCAAAUAUUGGCCCUGUUAUAUUUGAAAAUUUGCCAGAGUCUAUUCGAAUUACUAUAUUAAGUUUUUUAUCAGGGUUAAGUUGUGAUUCUACGGAGGAUGUUUUAGUUCGAGCAACAGUAGUUCGAGCUUUGUCUGUUUUCGUAACUUUUCCGUCAAUGCGCGUAAAUCUCGUUUUUAUUGAGAACACUGCAGAAUUGAUUUUACGAUUAGCAGGAGAAGGAAAUAUGAUUGUCCGUAUCAAAGUAAUUUGGUCUAUGGGAAAUGUUAGUGAUGCUUUGUUAGAAAAUAUCACCGAUAACGCAAAUGAAAGAAUUUCGGACGAAAUAUUAUGGAAAUUAAUUCAAUACUCAAAUCAAGCCUGCAAUGACUGUGAUAAGGUUCGAUGUAAUGCAGUUCGAACUUUGGGUAAUUUACUUCGUUUAUUAACGGAGAAGCAUUUUCAACAUAUUUCCGAAAGAACUGUGAUAAAAAGUGCUAUUACUAAACUAAUUGACGGAAUUCGUUCUUCUGGGACAGCAAAAGUCAAAUGGAAUUCAUGCUAUGCUGUCGGAAAUGUGUUGCAAAACGAGCGGAUAUUUCUGUAUUCGAGUAGACACAAAGACUUGACUUGGCAUGCACCGCUUUUUUCCGCCCUUUGUCAUGUCAUUUAUAAUCACCCAAAUUAUAAAGUAAAAAUAAAUGCAACAACUGCUUUAAUACAUAUUAGGAAACGAGAACAUUUUGGAGAGCACUAUUCAAAUAUUUGGAGCGCUGUUUUAGAUGCUAUUGAACAAUCUAAUAAUUUAAUAAAUUUUUACGAAUAUAAUCAUAGAGAUCAAUUGCAAGAGCAGAUGUGCUUCUUAAUUUGUCACGUUAUAAAACUAGCAACUUUACAAGACAUUACAAUACUUUCGCGUAUACUAUUGGAAAAAUUAGAAGUCUUAAAAAAUACUUGGAUAAGAGUGUUAAGACGCUUGAUUCCGGGAAAAGCUGCACCUUUACUAUCUUGUUCGACACAUCUAAAUGAUUUAUUAAAGUCUUCUUCAGAACUGAGUUCGGAACAGAAAAAUGCAAUUUUACUUAUAGUGGAUGCAAUACCGACAAGCUAUUAAUUUUUCUAUUAAAUAUAUGGUUUCUACUUAUUCAUAGAGUUGAUGUUACAUUCUACAGAGAAAUUUAUUAAGGAAUUAAGGAUAUAAAUAUUGUGUGUAACUAUUCGAAUACAUAAAUACAAUUUUGUCAAUGUACAUCAUAUGUAACCGAUCCGAUGAAGAAGAUUCUUUAGUAGAUUGCGGAAACCACAAAAAAAAAGAUAAUACGAGACGAUGUAUUCUGCUAUUUGAGGACCUUGGUCCACUUAAUGAAAGAAUAUAAUCUCAAUGCAGUCGUGUUCGGGUUAACAAAUUCGGCUACUGUGGUGGUUUUGGAAGUUUACCUGGCAGUAUGAACUGAAAAGAUGCAUUGUUGGCGUUGCUACAUACUUCUUUUACAUAAACAACGUAAGCGUGAUGAUCCAGUUUUUUAUCUAUCUACUUUGCGAAUAUCAGCAAUAAUAAUAAACAAUAAUAUGUUGAAUCCACUAUGUAUAAACUGAAUAAAGCGAUUGUAUAUAGUAAACAUUUAAA